AUGGCAUCAUCUUACAAGCAUUUUCUGGUUAUUCUAACUCUUCUUUUUGCCGUUUUUGUUCUUGCCUCAUGCGAUACCAAAAAUCAAGAAACUACUCUUGAUGCCACUAAAAAAAGUAAAGAAGGUGAGAAGAAAGAACAACAGAUAGGUGGGGCUAAAUUUGGUGGAGGGUUUGGGACAGGUAGGGGAGGUGGGAUAGGCGGAGAAAGGGGUACUGGUUUUGGAUAUGGUGGUGGUCCCGGAGGUGGUAAAGGUGAAGGUGGGGGAUGGGGAGGCGUUGGCCCUGGUGGUGGUUCUAGUGGAGGUGGUUGGGGUGGUGGUGGCAGCCCUGGAUGGCUUGGCGGUGGUGGUUUAGGUGGUUUGAUCCCUGGAUUGGGUGGCCGCCGCCCUGGAAUGGGUGGUGGUGGUGGUGUUCCAGGAUGGGGCGGCGGCGGCGGUAUUCCCGGAUGGGGUGGCGGCGGCCAAGGUGCGGCAAAUAAUAAGCAGAAUAAGAAGGAAGAAGAGGGAAAACAUUGA